AUGAAUGCGUCUUGUGCAUUACAACAUUUUUGUGACAUACAUGGUCCACAAAUAUUAUUGUGUACAGAAGCUAGAACAUAUGUUCAAGAUUCAAAUGAUAAUGAUGAUGAAGACUUGAAAACAUUUUACUCACAAUAUAUUAAAUCAGAAAAUCCACAAGGAAAAGUUGAAUGCAAGUCAUGUACAUUAUCAUCUGAUAAUGUUCUUGUUUCAUCUAUUGAUUCUCUAAAUCAUAUGUUAUAUAUUUCAUCAUCGUCAACACCUAAUCAAGAAUUAUUUAAAGAUGUACGAAAUGCAUGCGUACGAAGUUUAAAUGUUGAAGUAUGUUAUUAUAUUGAUUGUUUUUCUAAAAAAAAAAUACCAACUUAUGUUAAAACAGUUACUAAUUUAUCCACAGAUACUAGUUUAGAUGAAGAAGCAUUUGAAUCUAUGAUUACACAUUAUAAGAUGAAAUAUUUAAAUAAAGCAAAACUUUAUUUUCAACUUGGUCGUUGUCAAACGGCAACAACAGUAUCAUCUAAUGAUCGUCGACAAAUGGCAAUAUUUAAUGUUGAAAAUACAAGUGAUUUAGCAUUAAUACGUUUCUGGCAAAAAGGACUUUCGCAAGCCUAUAGAACACAAAUACGUAUACUUAAGCAAGAUGAUAAUCAACGAAAAAAAAAGGACAAAUCAUAA